GCAACUGCCAGGAGAUCAGUGGCAAAUGCCAUCAACUCCUAAAAGAUUACAUAUACUAAUUUUCACCAUCUUCACUCUCGAUUCGAUUUGAUUCUCUAUGUAUGUAUGUAUUUAUGGUAACUGCAGUCUAGCCUAUCAGUUGCAGUUGCAGUUGCAGAUGCUGCAUAGAAUGCCAUAAUCUCUCUGUCCCUUUCCCCAUUCCAACAUCUAUCCCCUCCCCUGUUUCUCUCCUUAUUUAUUAUAUCUCCCAUUUUCUACACUCGCUUUCCUACUAAAACUAUAUCCUUCCCUGUUUUGAUCUCACCUAACCUAACCUCAAAUGUCCGUCCUAGAGCCAUUAGCACUACAGAAUAUAUACUAAUACUGCAAACUGAAAACAAAACAUAAUCCAGUUUCUUCCCAGCCUUUGCAAGGAAAUGGAUGAAAAAAGUGCAGACAAUCUACUUAUUCCUUCCUCCUACCAGGAGGAGCUAAAGGAGCUAUGGUCAAUGGUAGUCCCCAUAACAGCUAUGAACUGGCUAGUGUAUGUUCGAGGCGUGGUAUCAGUACUGUUCUUGGGGAGGCUUGGGAGGGUUGAGUUAGCCGGGGGAGCACUCUCGAUUGGGUUCACAAACAUUACUGGCUACUCAGUUAUAGUGGGACUGGCCUCUGGGCUAGAGCCUGUGUGCAGCCAAGCCUACGGCAGCAAGAACUGGGACCUACUACUGCUGUCCCUCCACCGUAUGAUCUUCCUAAUACUAAUCGCCAUCAUCCCAAUUUCCCUGCUUUGGAUCAACCUCCAACCCAUCAUGCUUUUCAUGGGCCAAGACAAAGACAUCACUUCAAUGGCUGCCACUUACUGCAUCUACUCCCUUCCUGAUUUACUCACCAACACUUUGCUCCACCCUCUCAGGGUUUAUUUGAGGUCUCAGGGGGUGACCAAGCCCCAGAUGUGGUGCACCUUCGUCGCCGUCGUCUUCCACAUCCCACUUAACUAUCUUGUCGUCGUCGUCAUGGGGUUGGGAGUGCGGGGCGUGGCUGUGUCAUCUGUGCUCACUAAUCUGCACAUGAUGUUGCUGCUCAUGGGCUAUGUUUGUGUCUAUGGGAGGUGGGAGUGGAAGUGUAAGAGCAAAGCAGGGGUGGGGGCUGUGGUGUCGGGGCUAGGCCCGCUACUUAAGCUGGCCGUGCCAAGCUGUGCCGGGAUAUGCCUCGAGUGGUGGUGGUACGAGAUUGUCACGGUGCUGGCUGGCUAUUUGCCUAAUCCCAAGCUUGCGGUGGCGGCCACUGGGAUAAUAAUCCAGACCACUAGCCUUAUGUACACUGUUCCAAUGGCCUUGGCCGGUUGUGUCUCUGCACGAGUAGGGAAUGAGCUCGGGGCAGGGAAGCCGGGGAAGGCAAAGGUAGCGGCAAUGGUGGCGGUGGGGUGCGCAUUUGGUGUAGGAUUGAUGAACGUGAUAUGGACAGUGGUGUUUCGCGGAAAAUGGGGGGGAGUGUUUGUGGAGGGAGACCAGGAGCUGAGAGGUCUGGUGGCGUCGGUGUUGCCCAUCAUCGGACUUUGUGAGGUGGGGAACUGCCCGCAGACGACGGGGUGUGGGGUCCUGAGGGGGACAGGGAGGCCGGCAGUGGGUGCCCGGAUCAACCUGGUUUCGUUCUACCUUGUGGGGACUCCAGUGGCGCUUGGGUUGGCCUUCUGGCUCAGGUUGGGCUUUGCGGGGCUGUGGUUGGGGUUGCUGUCGGCUCAAGCUGCCUGCGCGCUUUCAAUUCUCUAUGUCAUCUUGCGGCAAACCCACUGGGAGGAUGAAGCCAACAGGGUACUACUACUUGGCAACAGUAGUAGUGUAGAGAUGAUGCCGAUGGAAGAGGAAGGAGAGCAUUAA